AUGGCGACAGCAGACGGCUCCAGCUCUGCACACGGGCUUAGUGAGAGACGCGUGAGUGCGACUAUUCUCACACGUGAUGGUGCAGAUCUUGAUCCAGUUGUGUACCACUUCAGGCCUGGUGCUGCAGAGGACGAACCCACACCAGAAAGGGACAGCACAGAAGAUUUGUUCAUCACAUUGGCCCAGAUUCCAGCUGACGACACAUGCUCUGGGAAUUCCGGGAGACAUCCACGGACAGCGGGCACUGUCUCCGUUGCUUCUCGUCUGGUCCCGGAAAAUCAGUCCCAAGGGCUGCUGGACGUACGUCAUGCGCAGGCGUCUGGGAUGAACAACGAAGGCGGAGCAGAUCGUGCUGUCUGGACACCUUCCAACAGAGCGCCUUUGCUGGACGGCACAAGCGAUGCUGGCACAAUCCAGCAGAACCGAGACCGGCAGGGAUCCGGCCCUGUCCCGACAAACUCUGACAAGUUCGUUGGCAACGAACAAACCCACAUGGGAUCUUGCACCACGGCCUCCACAUCUCUGCGAGUAAGGCACAUGUCACACACCCGCCAUGCGAGGUCUGAGGAAGUUCCAGCAUCGUCACUGUGCAUCUCGUUCGGGGAACUGGGGCCUGAAUGGAUUGCGGCGGACUCCGUGAGCCGAAAAGCACAUGAGCUCCCAAGCGUUCCGCUGCAGUGUGUGGGUGGUGCUGCCCCGGAGACUGUUGGCCUGAGAGACAUCGCCUUAGAAAAGACUGACAGCCUAAGCUCGGUGACUGACAGCGAGGCUGAAGUUCGGGCUGCAGCAAAUGUCAUUCCCAGCACCAGCUUGGGCACAACACUGACACAGGCGGAUGCAGAAACAGAGAAAAGUCACUUGGGAGCACUGAGCACGGGCUGGUUGAUCUCCGCCUCGCAAAUCCGACAGUCGGCGGAGACAGUCUCCUCCCAACGGGACACUUGGCUUCGCUGGGAAGUGGCCCAAAAGGCGUACCCCGAAUACCCCGCGAAUCGCGCGUUCUGGGUGGUCUCUAACUACGCCUGUUGUUGGUCUAAAGAUGCCCGCCCGCUGCUGGCGUACCUGGCGCAGGCCAAGGCGCGUCUGCGCCUGCGAGUGGGUGCCUACAAGGAGUUCUCUUUCACCAACCGGAGGCUGAGCCAAGUAGAAGAUGCAGCCGGCUUGGGAUCGCUUGGCAACAGUGACGUGUCAGUGGUAUUUCAAGAAGCACAUUCUCCGGACAGGGUAGGAGACUUGAUUUCUGCAUCGGCGGAAGUGCGCAUGCGGCUGGCAGAGCUGCCCGAUUCGCCGUGGAUCAACGUGACAAGUCCCGGCAGGGGAUACAUGCAACCAAGGCGGAGCUGGCCUUCACUGGGGCAAAGCCCAGCAAAGAGCCUGACUCCGUUUAAUUAUUCCUUCCAUCUACCUCCCUCAGACACGAAGAUCUCCAGUGCCACUUCCAACCACGCAGUGCCCAUACUUGAGUUGCCUGUCGGAAGCAUGCCGGAUCGGACUGGGAAAACAACCAGCGCCCCGGAAAGCGCCAGAGAUUCGGAGAUCCCCACGUCUUGCCCGACGCUACCAAUUCAACGGAAGCACUGCUCGCCAAAGGCUAAGCCUGCGGGGCAAUGCCAGUCGUCUAGCUCGCUUGAUGACACCACCUCGCCGGUCGCGCUGGACACGCCAAAGCCACAUCCCAAACCUUGCCUUCCAGCAAGCCCAACAACCUCGCCCAUGCCUGUACCUUCCUCGCCCUCUGCGCCCUCGUCACCUUCAACUUCUCCUCUGCCAUCGCCAGAGAAGCCACCGAAAGGUGGAAAGAAGGGUGCUCCGCCUAAAGGCAUGGGCAAGGGGAAGGACAAGGGCAAGGGAAAGGAUAAAGGUGCCAAAGCUGAACCAAGGAAGCCCGACGUAAAGCCAGGUGUGCAAGUCAAGAAGCUUUUCUGGAACUCCUUUCGCAUUGAUAGUGCGCAAAACACGGUCUGGAAUGCUAUUGAAGAAGAAGGUGCACAGAUUGACACGCAGCAGCUAGAGACUUUGUUUUGUGAUGAACCUCUGAGAGGCUUUCAUCGCUUUGCCUCGCCUUCGCCGGAGAGCGACCGUCCGAUGGUAAAGCGUGUUCAGGUCGUGGACACGCAGCGUAGACGGCAAGUCUGUGUCAUGCUAGCGAGACUUCCGCCCACGCCAGUUGCAGCAAGGGCCUUGCUUCGCUUGGAUAGCGAGGUGCUCAACAGCGAGCAAGUCGAGCUGCUGCACUUUAACCUGCCAUCGGAGGACGAGAUUAAGCUGUUGCGCAAGGCACAGGCUGAACAAACUAUUGAUGAACUGCACGUGUGGGACACAGCAGAAGAUUUUCUUUUGGCUUGGAUUGCCGUACCUCAAUUCGAGCUGCGACUCCGCACCUGGCACUUCGAGAAUACGUUUCAGGAGCGGUUUGAUGCUCUAGCAGAGGGGCUGCGAAGCGUCUUGGAGGGAUGUCGCUCCGUGCUGGAUUCCCGCUGCAUUAGGCAUCUUCUUGGGAUUGUCCUUUAUGCUGGAAAUUAUUUGAACGGCGGCACACCUCGUGGACGAGCAGAUGGAUUUGCGCUGGACACACUCCCAAUCAUGCGAACAGUGAAGAUGUCACAGGCCGAUCGCCCGGGAACUUUGGUGGACUAUGUCACUGGACAGAUGGAGAGGCGGCAUCCUGGAGACCUUCGCACUGUUUUUUCUCCUGGUGGCGAGUUCGAAGUCUUGACAAGCGCUGCUAGACACAAGGCCCCCGACCUCGCAGACGAGCUGCGGAAAUUGCGAAGCUAUGCUGAACAACUCUCCAGCCGCCUUCUCAACCUUUCUCCUGCAGACGCGCAGGACUCAAGCAUGGAUGCUCGCCAACCAGAAGCGUCCCACUCUUCAGGUUCUGGUGUGGAUGACGUCCUUUUGGCUUGCCAAAGGUUGCUUGCAAGCCGAAUCGAGGAGCUCGAGAAGCUAGAAGGUGAGUUGAAGCAACUCGAGGAGAAGUACGAAGAAAUCGUUGUUUGGUUUCAUAUGGAAGAAAGAGGUGCCCGAAAGCCAAUGGACGAGUUCUUUCACAUCUGGGACAAGUUUCUUCGGGAUGUUCAGGUUGCCCACAAAGCGUUUGAGCAGCAAGAGCUGAAGGAGAAGCGGAAGACUUCCAUGCCUCCUCGUCGCGCCACGAUGCAUGUACCCCGCGAGAAGGAGCGCGGUGAUCGCAGCCUGCGAAGCUUGACCCCGCGGCGGAGCGGCAAAGAUUCGACGAAUUCGAGUGGCGAUACCCGAACUCAAGCCGAGGAGGAUGCUGCAUCCUCGAUCUUUCCGGCAAGACCGCGGUUCUCCAGUCACGCUGACUUUCAAAAAUAUGGCCGCGCAGCUCAGGCCGAGAAGCUGGAAGAGGCCUGCUCUAGCUGA